CCCUCAAACAUAUCAGUGUUUCGAAGGCACUGAACAGUGUAAGAGGUCUAUUGGAAGCUUGAUUCGUAUUGUAAUUGUUUGUUUUAUUGCGAGCAAGAUUUGUUUGGAAAUUUUUCUAAAGUUUCAAAGGGGUUUUGGAAAGAUGUCGAGCGGAAAGGGCAAGAUGAUGUUGCUGCUUGCGGUCCUUGUUGCAGCUGCAAUGAAGACAAGUGUCGCUCAGGACUAUUGUAACCCGGAUUUGUGUGAUCCCGGUGAUGAUCACAUUGGAUGUAACAAUCCGGGUGGCUUCACCAGCAACUGUCCCGCCGGAGCUAAGGUUAUUAAAAUGACGGACGAGCUGAAGAAGAUCAUUCUGGACGAGCAUAACAAGUAUCGCAGUACUGUGGCAACUGGUGGAAUAAAAUGGCUUCCGAAAGCUAAGCAGAUGACGACGAUGACUUGGGAUGAUGAGUUGGCUAAGCUGGCCAAGCUGAACGCCAAUCGGUGUGUACAGAAGCAUGACGAUUGCCACAACACUGCCAAACAUCGUUACUCAGGACAGAACUUGAACCACAUCACUACCAGUGCUCCAUCGAUCGACAACAUCCCGCAGGUGGUCAAGGAUCUCAUCUCGUCCUGGUGGGAUGAGCGUCGCGAUGUGAACUCGCGCAUGGUCAAGGCGAUGUACGAUCCGGGCAGACACACCAUGAUCUUCCAUUUCGCCGUGAUGGCUGCGGAUAAGGCAAACAAGAUCGGUUGCGCCAUCAGUCAGUGGCCGGAGAAUGGCAAUCCCUACCUGUAUCUGGUGUGCAACUAUUCCUUCACGGACAUUGUUGGGCUGCCGAUGUAUGCACAGGGUGAACCGUGUUCGGGAUGUACGAAGGGCUGUAACUCCGCUUACACUGGACUCUGCAAUCCUGAUGAACCCGUUUCCGUUCCGUACUAAGUGAAUUUCUUCGUGAUUCACAAAGGCAAAUGUACAACAGGAUAAUCGAUCAGACGCUUGCUCUAUGCUUUGUCGUAGUUAAAUAAAAGCAAUGAAAAAGAUUUUUACAGCAUAAACAA